AUGGAAGAAUCCAAUAGACACAUAGCAGAGUACCCCAUGAAUGGAGACCUAGCACAGUACCUUUCUGAGGAUCAGGAGCAAAGGGAGAGUGUGCGACAAAUGGUUCUUUCCAACUUAUCUGAAACUGAAAAGUCGGUGAGGAAAACUGUUCAGAAGUGCCAGAAAAGCCCUCUGCCUGCAGACUUUCAAAGGGAAGAAGAGGUGUUUGGAGGGGUUACAGAGCAGUCUUUCAAAAAGUUAAAGCCAAACCAUGCUGUGUCCUUUAAAUUCCAAACUAUCUUUGUGCCAGAUGUGGCAGUGGUGGAACAAGACAACUGA